CAGUACGUUAUCUGCUAAGGCACCAUGGAUCAGAGCUACCAGCAACAGACCCCGAUUGGCCAAAUACAAACCGUACAACAGCCGGGUCAACAACAACAACAGCAGCAGCAGCAGCAGCAGCAGCAGCAGCAGCAGCAAACGCAGUACGGAGCGGCCCGAGCAGCGGCUGCCGCCGCCGCAACCCAGAGUGGCCCACCCGGCCUUAUAAGCGCGGUCAAAGGACUGCUAGCGCCGAUGGCGCGCGAUGGGCGCGAUCUAAACAUCUCGAAACUGUUCUAUCUCUUCUUUUUUGCUGCAUUUGGUUCGCUAUUCCCACUGUUGGGGGUCUACUUUAAGCAGAUGGGCAUGAACGCACUCCAAUGUGGUAUCCUCAUGGGUAUUCGGCCCUUAAUCGAGUACCUCUCGUCGCCUUUUUGGGCGGGCGUAGCGGAGCGCUACCGCAAAGGCAAACUAAUUCUACUAUGCUCAUUGGCGUCCUGGUUGCUCUUUACGAUGUCGUUCAGCGUAGUCCAGCCCCCGGCGGCGUCCUGCAUCAUCUUCAACGCGACGCACCACCUACUCUAUCCCGCCCACACAAAGGUGCUCGAUAUGGCCGAGACGGAAGCCGUCAAUAUACGACCUAAACGACAAUACAGUCACUUACCGAUCUUAUCCGCCGCCGACAUCUUUUCAACUACCCCAACGAUUGCCACCUCAGACAACACUGUAUUGCCGACAGCGGCACAGGCAUCAAGACUAAUUAUCGCAGAAAAAACGCUGACAACAUCAGAUGCUAAGCUACAAACAGCAGCAACUAAGUCAUCGAAAUUAAAUUCCAAUGAAUCCAAACCGAGUUUCUCGACAAUUUCACGAUCAGCCCCUACUGCCACUACCACCAUCAUAAUCACCGCUACCUCAACCUCAGAUAACACAAUAAAUCGCAAGCAACGUCCUAAUAAUCUCCACAACACAGUUACGGAAACAUCCGCUGUACAAACUUCAGUCAACGACGACAACGAACAACAACAACAACUUUUACUACCUGAUAGCACCGCCAAGCACUGGCAGUCCGACAAGCUCGAUGUUGAGGCGUUGAUGGACCCCCCUGUUUUCAACGGCGAUUUCGUUGGAGCAGCGGUAUCAAAGCGAGCAGGUCCCCCUCAGCAUUGGAAUCACAGGCGGCCAGGUCCUCCUCCCCCACAAGGGGCGCGCAUUUCACCACACAAUCGGCGUCGGCCCACUCAAAUACUACCCCCCAAUUACGUGAUCGGCAAGUCUCCAAACACGGUUGAGUAUACGGUCAAUUACGACAAGCAGAAACACGAGGCGUACGUGUCUCCGCCAUUCUCGUCCGUUGUCUACAAGUUGGAUGAUGUUGAAGCCGCCUUCUUUCUCAUGAUUCUACUCGUUAUACUUGGAGAGUUCUUUUCGUCACCAGCGAUCACGCUGGCUGAUUCGGUGACGCUUACCUAUCUCGCCGACCGACCUGACGACUAUGGACGUCAAAGGAUGUUCGGUUCUAUUGGAUGGGCAGUGGCGAUGCUUUUCCUGGGUAUCGCCCUCGAUCGCUCGACAUCGUUUCCGAAUCAUCCAUGUAUAAAGCCUUCCGACCGUGAACGGAACUAUACUGUGUGCUUUGUGACAUUCAGCUGCCUGAUGGGAUGCGCGUUUAUCGUCGCUACCCAGUUUCGAUUUGAUUACGAUUACGACGAAGCUGCACAAGCAGAAACGGGCAGUCAGUCUGAUGUACAGAUGAAGCAGCUACGAACAGGAAGUAUCAAAGUGAAGAACUCCCAGCGUGGGUUUUCCAACGAAAUCACUAUUGAAGACAUAGCUCCAGGUAUACCGACAGCAACAGAUCAUCUGACUUCGGAACAACAUCUCAACGAUCCUGAACCUGCCAAGAGUAAUGUGUUUGCACAUCAUAUGCGGCACCUUCCGCAGAUCAUGUCCGUACUGAACACGAUUGCCACACCACGUUAUGCCACUUUUCUGUUAGCGGCAUGGUGCCUGGGUUUUGGGAUUGGGUUGGUCUUUACAUUUCUAUUUUGGCAUUUGCAAGAGCUGGGUGGAACGCCGACACUUUUCGGUUUAGCGUCGGUGGUGAAUCACAUUUCGGAGAUCGGCGCGUUCUUCUUCAGCUUUAAAUUUAUUGGCAAGUGGGGCCACCAAAAGGUGCUCUGCUUUGGUCUAACCGGAAAUGUACUACGCUUCCUUUAUCUGGCAUACGUCUCCAAUCCGUGGCUGAUUUUGCCCUUUGAACUACUGCAGGGCGUCACGCAUUCAGCCGUAUGGGCUGCCUGUGUCUCGUACGUCGGUGCCGCAACGCCGUCAGGGGUUCGUGCCUCAGCUAUUGGGGUCCUGCAAGGUUUACACCAUGGCUUCGGUCGAGCGAGCGGGGCCGUCAUUGGAGGACUAAUUAUAACUCAAUACGGAACCCAGUUAACAUUCUUGGGCUACUCGCUGUGCUGCCUCGUUGUUUUGGCAGUCUUUAUUGCUACGCACUACACUUUGACAGGAGAAGGCGAACAAAAAGGAUUUGUCGCAUUCGAAACGGACCAGGUUGCAGCUGAUUCAGCAGCAGGCGCCGCUGCCCAUCUUGCUCCCCACGGAGUACCCACCAGUCCAAUGGCCAGAUCUCUUUCUAAACAAAAUCUAAGCCUUACCAAUCAGGGUAUGCCCCAGAUGUCCACCCAAGGGGUACCGACUAAUACUCAGGGCGGUUACCUUGCCGUGCCCUAAGCGCCGCGCAAGCUAGAAUAAGUCAACCCAAGACAACAUAAUACAAAUAAGCAGUAUCCUUAACGACUCAACGAAUAUCGGAUCUAUUAGUGAGGGAUGAAUGAAACGACAUCAAAUUUGAUUUUCGUAACACAUGAUCUCGCUGUUUCGCGGCACACCGUCACAGAGGAUCCGUCACUGCGAGCGAUUCGGCGCUGCGACACUGCGUCGUUAAUUAGCAGGACGAAAGAAUUACAAUAAACAUAGCAGAUUCCCAGCACUCCCGAAACUUCGAACAACUGAAUCGAGAUAUAACGUGCGCAUAAAAAAGAUGCACGACGUUUAUCGACUGUCACCAGACAGUCCGAUAGCGCUGAAGAGGAACCUGCAAUAGGUAGCCGAUCCAGAGUCAGCCGGUCGCUGGAUCAAUCAGGCAAUCCCUUGUGGCUUUUUACGCCAUUGCCCAAAGACAGAACAUAUUCAUUGUUGACAGUCGUGUGAAGGUUUCGAGCUGUGUAAGGAUCCCGUUUUGAUUAGCCGACGAAACCGGAAAGGAACGGGUAAAUAGCCAAUAAAGGCUUAAAUAAUAUAGAAAACGAUCUCAAAAUCGAUAACUAUUUACGCCCAGUAAUAGGGUAAACUAAUCAGGAGUCAUUAAAAUUCAGGAUCCGCAUAGGUAACACUUGAAUGGUUUUCAUUUCAAGUGGCGAUUCAACUCAACCAUAUUUUACGGAAGUCAGAAAGUAGUAAGUUAAAAAAUGAAUAAGUUACCACGUGAGUAUAAAUGAAUAGUCAUUCGAAAUAAACUACAGCGCAACGAAGAUACAUUUGUGAGUUUGCGGUUGCCCAACUAGAUCCAGUGGAUCACAAAUGAAGCGGCUAUAUUUAUGGCUAGAUAGCCAGAAAUGGGCCUAGUCGAAAAAAUAAUAUUAAAAAAAAACCGUUUCUUUGUUGUCCAUUCUAUUGAGAAACUAAACAUAUAUACAAUAACGGAAAAGUAACGUAUUCACCCUUAACGCCGUGGUCCCUAAUAUUUUCUCAGUCCUUAAUUGCCAACCUCCUAAUUGAUUACCGAGCAGCAGAUACGUUCGCCAGAUUUCGUGUUAACAAACGUGAGAUUUACACAAAAAAGGCGAACAUGAGAGAUAGAUUGAUUCUGUCUUAGUGGUUAAAUGCUAGAAACACAGUCCUACGCAUUCGCAUGGACGCAAUAAAAGACGCUUUUAAAAAAUAUCCUACAUCCCAGGUAAAGGUUCAGCGCGUCGUCAAGUUUUUCUUGAAGCACCUGAACCAAGAUAAGCCACAGCAACGGUUUAUAUUAUUACGCAUGCUAUCAACUGGGGCCAGUACUACUGUUAUGGCAAGAUAGUCGGGAUCUAUCCAUUGCCAGCUUACGUAGCACGUACUCGACGGAUUUCUAGUCAUCCCUGUCAAUGGUGAUACUCUCUCGCUUAUAAACGUCUACGCAAAUAAUUUUUGUAAAAAAAAAGAUCUCUGCAAACCAAAACACGAGUAAACAGCACUAUCCGGCUUCAUGUAAUACAUACGAAACAAAUUAACGUACGCAAAUCGUAUCAUGUUUAUUAAACGUCAUAUCAUUUGCUCUGUCACCUGUGGGCAAAAACGAUUGUUAUUGAAAAUGCGAUAAGCAAAAUAUACGCUUGCUGUGAAAUCAGGGUAUUUGCCCACCAGCUGGGAGCGACGACGCUACCUACAGUAUCCGUUGCAACAAAUCUAAGUAUACAAAUGUUGAACAUGGGCCCACAGGGGCAGCCGCUACAACUAAAGCACCGAGCAUUCAUAGAAUAUUGAUAAUCUAAUACACAAUAAACUCUUACUCUGAGCGCAAACACAGAGAUUCGAAGAAUCGAUGUUGCCUUGUGAUGAUAUUUAUUGUUUCAUAUGAUAUCAUCCAGCAGCAUUAACCUUCUCGUGCAAGUGGGUGGCGCAUCGCUUAUAUAUAUAUGUAUAUAUGUACAUGUACAUACGUACGAAAGAACACAUUGCGAUUCUUGUCAUUGCUUCUACAAGUUCUAUGGAACUGGAGAACAAGAGACCCAGUAGUAUCAUUUACGUUCAUUAUUAUUAUUGUUUACAUGCAUUAUGAAACAACAUUCUACAGAUCGAUACAUACGAUGAAGAG